AUGAUCUAUGACCUGGAUACUGGCUUCCAAGUCUUUGUGAAUGCUGACCGCAGAGAACUCUCGAACGUGCCGGGCUCUGAACCCUCGGUGCGUUACAGCACUCUGCUGGUGGAGUUGGGGCCCUCCAUCGCACGGUACCGGGAGAUCAUCAACUACCUAAAGAAUGGCGUUUACCCGGCCUUUCUUCUGGCCUACUUGAGAGUAUGA